AUGGCUUACUCAUCCAAGACUCCAUCUUGUGCCAUUCUUGUAAUGACUACAACAUUUAUUGCAAUUUUGUCAUCAACACUAGCUACAUCAAAAGAGAGCAAUUUGCCAUCUUCAACAAUCUCAGCUGCACCUGCAUUACUACCCGAUCCCGGUUCACCGUUACCCGCACCGGCAUUGUCGCCGGACAUGUAUCCCGAUUUUCCAUCGCCUGGUGGCUCUGCUCUUUCUCCAGCUGAAUCUUCAGUGCCACUAAUCCCUUCAAGCCCAAGCCCGCCUAACCCGGAUUCAAUCGCUUCUCCGGGGCCCGCUUUCGCCCUGUCGCCACUCGGCGUCUUGCCGGAUUCCUAUUCGUGCAGGAUCAAUGUGCCGGCCGUGUUCUUCACCUCAAUGGUGGUCUUGUUUGGUGGCAUUUGUGUAAAUAUGGCUUUAUAG